AAAUUAUUCAAAUAUCUUAAAAAAUUGUAGAAAAUGAAAUUUUUUUUAGUAAUACUAUUUGUUCCCUUGGUUUUGGAAUCUACCACCCCGGAAACAACUGGACACCCAAAAUUCGAUAAGGCUCAUGUUCUAAUGAGUUUUCCUGUCUGCGGAAAUUGUUCAAAAAUAAGGAACUUUCAGCGCAAUAGUGGUUUCUUUUGUCAUUACGAAGAUGAGAAAGCAGUUACGCAAAGGUUUGGAACCCCAACAAAUCAAUUCCCGGAUUGUCUGCCAAGUUCGUACAUGGUAACUAGUAAAAUAAGCAAGUAUUGCUGCUUUUGGUCGGCGGAGUUGGGUUGUUCAGCGCUCAUUGGAAGGCAACUCUACGACAAAAAGAACGACUACUGCGGAACGUGCAAACGUCAUUGCAUUGGAUUAAAGCAUGAAGAUUUGGGCAUGGACGGAAAUAAUAGAAUAUCGGGAUAUAGAUAUUUGAUUGCGCUUGCUUUUUUUGUAGUACUCGGAAUGUGUUAAAUUUGACGAAUAGAUCACUUUCAGUAGUUCCAUAAUCAUGUUCAAAUAAAAUUCUAUGUCCUCUAAUCACAAUGUAAUUUUAGACAUGAUUUGUAUUUAUUCAGAAAGAAAACCAGUAAAACUGAC